CUCGUUGUCCUUUCCUUUCCUGGCGGCAAGGCAUGCAAGUGCGCUUCUGAAACAGAUGCUUUUUGAAUGAAGAAUUAUAUUUUUGGUAUUAAACCUAAUUUACCUUUCUAAACAUGAGUUUGCCACUGAACCCGAAGCCUUUCCUGAAUGGUCUGACAGGAAAACCGGUGAUGGUGAAAUUGAAAUGGGGGAUGGAGUACAAGGGUUACUUGGUAUCUGUGGACGGAUACAUGAACAUGCAGUUGGCAAACACAGAGGAGUAUGUGGAUGGAGCUUUGGCAGGUCACCUCGGGGAGGUGUUAAUCAGGUGUAACAAUGUUUUAUAUAUUCGAGGAGUAGAAGAAGAGGAAGAGGACGGAGAGAUGCGAGAAUAAUGCAGGAUUGUGGAUUUGUGGUUGAAAUGUAUGGUUUAGUUUGUCUUGGUUGUAUGUGAAGUUUAGUUUUUUGUUUUGUUCCUUUUUUGGGGCGAAUUCAUGGUGGUUUUUUUUUUUUUUACAAUACUAUGAAAGCAUAACUCCCGACUGUACAAUGGUGCAAAUAAAAUUUAUGGAUUUUGUAUUUUGUUUGUUUUCUUGAAUGCAUUGAGAAUUGAUGACCUCAGCCUUUCAAUUUGGCCAAAAUGUAAGUCAUUUUAUAAAAUAAAUACUUCGUUUCUGAAAGA